AUGCCAGGACAAAACCAGAGCUGUGGCAACAUGCUGUUGUUGGAUGGUGUCAUCCAGUGUACAGAGGAGGAGUUCUCCCACCAGGAGAUGGCAGCCAGCCUGCGCCUCCCCUGCAGCCAUCCCAGCCCAUGCCAGGUGCUGACCAUUGCGUGUGGGGAUGGGGGUGCCCUGCAGGCUGUGGUGAAGCGUUCCUCUGGGGAGUCCGUGGUCCGGUGUGAGAUUGACGAGGAUGUCAUUCAGGUCUCUAAGAAGUUCCUGCUGGGCCUGGCCGUGGGCUCCUCCAGCGCCAAGCUGACCCUAUACAUGGGCGACGGUUUUGAGUUCAUGGAACAGAACCAGGGCACCUUCAAUGUUAUCCUCACAGACUCCUCAGACCCCAUAGGCCCUGCCGAGAGUCUCUUCAAGGAAUCCUAUUACCUGGACCUCAUCGAGGAGAUGUGGCAGUUCUGUAGGUCGCUCUUCCCUUUGGUGGCCUAUGCUUACUGCACUGUCCCCACCUUCCCCAGUGGCCAGGCAGUCUUCAUGCUGGGCAGCAAAAAUCUGAGCACCAACUUCUGGAAGCCCGUGCAGCAGCUGACACAGAAGCAGGUAGAACAGAUGCAGCUGAAAUACUACAACUGGGAUGUGCACCAGGCAGCGUUUGUCCUGCCCGAGUGUGCUGCCGAGACCCAGGAUGAUGUAAGCUGA